ACCUGUGGGCCACCAAUAGUGGCAUGGUGCUAGUGGUUAGUUGGCAUCUGUAAUCAGAGUGGUGUGAUUGUGGGUUAAGGUAUAAUUGCGAUCUGUAUUGUGACUGUUUUAAACUGGGUUGUCUUCAGUGAGUGACAUGUGCAGUAUAAACUUCGCAUUAUCAUUAAGUGUGGGCCUGGCCUAAAAUUCGUUAACAGGAGUUAUGAAGAAAAAGAUGUGCAAACAUGUCAACACUUGGGAGUGGCGAGAAAGCUCAAAUGGAAAAGCAGCAACAGGAACAGCUACUACCGCCUCCUCCUCCUCCUCCUCCUCCGCCGCUACCGCCAUCUCCACCGCCUCCGUCAUCUCCACCGCCCUUUUCGCAGCCACAAUUUCCGCCACUGCAAGGAAAUCAGCAUUGUGCCACAUAUUUAUUCCCAUCAACACAUCCUCGAGCAGUGGUGUCGAUGUCUGCUGCAGUGAGCAUUGCAGCUGUAAGUUCACAUUCGGCGUCAAUUCUAAAAGGGCAUGCCCGAAGCGCGAGCCACGGUGGUGUUGGGACAUCUCUUACUUCUGCCAGUUCAGUGGGCGCUAUAGGUCGCCCUUCAGCCUUGAAACAAAAUCGUGGCCAUCAGCGUGCAUUCUCCCAGGGACAGAUUGUGGAAGGUGGAACAGGAUCUGCUUUGCGUUGUCAUAGUCGUGUUGGAUCAAGGACAGAUUUUAUUCUUCCUCCGGGACAUAAAGAUUCGGAUGGCACAACAGUGGGGUCUGGUAGUGCAGCAAAGCCUGCUGGUCGUGGUGGACAUUCAAGGCAAGCUUCCAGAUCAGAAUCCAUUUAUACGUUAAGACAAAGUGGGCCUCCUUCUCUUUGGAAUCAGUUUCAGUCCUACAUUCUUCGACGUGGAGGUAAAGCAGAUGUUGAAGAACCAAGAUACCGAACUGUUGUUCCAAACCAUCUUGUGCCACCCCGAACACCUAGAAAAGUUCACCCAAAUGGGCGCCGUCCUGAUAAUCGUAUCCGGACCACCAAAUAUACUUUAUUAUCAUUUCUACCAAAAAAUCUUUUAGAACAAUUCCAUCGAGUGGCGAACUUGUAUUUUAUUUGUAUCGUGUUAUUGAAUUGGGUCCCAGCAAUCAAUGCAUUUGGCAAAGAGAUCGCUAUGAUUCCUGUAUUGUUUGUGCUUGGUGUAACUGCCGUAAAGGAUUUGUUUGAGGAUCGCAGAAGACAUGCAAGUGACAAGCGCAUCAAUAACUCUACAUGCCGAGUUUACAGAAGUGAUGAAGAGCGUUACAAGAAAGUUCUCUGGAAGAGUGUGAGAGUUGGGGAUCUCAUUCACCUUUCCAACAAUGAAGUAAUACCAGCUGAUAUUCUGUUGCUGCGAUCGAGCGAUCCCCACGGGCUGUGUUUUAUUGACACUUGUAAUUUGGACGGAGAGACCAACCUCAAACAACGAGAGGUGGCCAGAGGAUUCACUGAACGACAAGAUGUUUUUGAGCCAAGGAAGUUCAGAUCGGUUGUGGAGGUUGAUGGUCCGACAACGAAGAUCUACAGGUUCCAUGGUGCCAUAGUUCAUCCAGCUGGUGAAAGAAUCCCUGUUGGAACCGAGAAUUUGUUACUUCGGGAAUGCGUUCUUAAGAACACAGACUUUGUUGAAGGAAUAGUUGUGUAUGCAGGUCAUGAGACAAAGGCAAUGCUGAAUAAUGGUGGUCCUCGUUACAAGCGUUCAAACCUGGAACGGCAGAUGAAUUUAGAUGUCAUAUGGUGUGUCUUGAUACUGUUUGUGCUCUGUGUGAUUGGUGCUGUUGGCUGCAAGCUGUGGCUGUCUUCCUAUGAAAACUAUGAUAACCACUCAGUGCCUUUUAUUCCUCUUGCUGAGAGUCCCGUCAAAGAGGGAUUUCUUGGGUUCUGGACGUUUAUAAUCAUCUUACAGGUUAUGAUUCCUCUAUCUCUGUAUGUAACAAUAGAGAUGGGAAAGCUAAUGCAGGUGUACCACAUUCACAAUGAUAUUGAUAUGUAUGACCCUGAAACUAAUAAACAAGUUGAGUGCCGUGCUCUCAAUAUCUCUGAAGAACUGGGACAGGUGCAAUAUAUUUUUUCUGACAAGACCGGGACACUCACAGAGAACAAGAUGAUAUUCAGAAGAUGUUCAAUAGGUGGAGUUGAUUAUAAUCACCCACCUCCUGAAAAUGUACAGAACCUGAGACUGCGACCAGGGGCCCCUAUGCCACUGUUGGUGAACCCACAGCUGCAAGAAGAGCUGUAUCAACUGAACCUACAGCAUGUACUUGAAGAAAGUGGUCAGGGUGACAUGCGGCAAGCCCCCCAUGCACAGCGCAUUCAGGAGUUCCUCCUGCUGCUGGCAGUGUGCAACACUGUAGUGGUGUCUCGACACCCCCAUCAUGAUAUGAUGAAUGCUAGUGGUGUGAUAGAAUCAGUUCAAAAUGUGCUUGGCAGUCACUCUGGAGCCAACAUGAAUGCAGUGUCUUCACAUCUCUCCCAUUGUGAUGAGAAUCCAUCCUCUGUCACAUCAAAACAGUCUGUUGCCAUUGCUGUCAGGGGCUCACAGAUUGACAAAUAUUCUCGCCUCUCAGAGUCCCGAUCUGUAACCCCCUCCCCUCCCCCUCCACAUGCCCAUUCCUAUCCUCCACAUACAUCUGUUAACAUUCCCCCUUCUGAUGCAACUCCCUUUGGUAGGCGGACAUUAAAUUAUACUGGAAGUGGGAUAACCUCAAUGGAAUUUCCACAUCAACCUAUUUUGUCUCCUAUCAACUCUUCUUCUGAAACAACGCCAACCACUGAGUCACCCACAAUGCCACAAGCAGCCAAACAAAUUAGUCGACCAAAACUUCUAAAUGUACCAUCUUUACUGUUGGUUGGUUCAAAUAAAAAGUCUUCAAGCAGUAAAGGAGGGAACUCCCAGAAUUCACAGCAGAGGUCAGCCACACCUUCCCCAUGUGAACUGAAGCCAAUUUUUGAGGCGGAGAGUCCAGACGAAUUGGCAUUAGUAGAUGCUGCCUACAGUUACAACUGUCGCCUAGUGAAGAGAACACCCCAGUUUGUUACAGUUUCUUUACCAGGUGAAGGUUUGCUUGACUUUGAAGUCUUGCAGGUGUUACCAUUUGAUUCUGCACGGAAAUGUAUGUCAGUGGUACUGAGACAUCCGGUUACAAGAGAGAAAAUCCUUUAUUGCAAAGGAGCAGAUUCAACAAUUCUGCCUCAGCUUGCUCCAUCAGAUGACUUCAUGAUGCAGCAGCUUAUAUUUCGAACACAGCAGCAUCUUAACUCGUAUGCUCGUCAAGGUCUCAGAGUUUUAGUAAUGGCCCGAAGAACUCUGUCAGAUGUGGAAUAUAAUGAUUGGCUGCGGAAACAUAGUGAAGCAACACUGGGACUGGAGAACAGAGAGAGGAGGAUAAGGGAGAGCUAUUCCAGGCUUGAAACAAAUCUGACAUUGCUUGGAGCCACUGGUAUUGAAGACAGACUGCAGGAUGGAGUACCAGAGGCAAUAAGCUCCCUGAUUAGUGCUGGGAUAGUGAUUUGGGUGCUGACAGGUGACAAACCAGAGACUGCCAUUAAUGUAGCAUACUCAGCGAAACUUUUCUCACCACAGAUGGAGUUGCUGAAACUAUCUGCCAGGUCAAGAGAUGCAGCUGAGAGCACAAUAUUGUUUUAUCUGGCAGAUAUUGAGAGACAGUCUCCUCCAGAUAUUGGAAUUGUAGGAGGACCUCCAGGUUUAAACCAGGUGGGAGUGUUUGCACGAGCUACUAUUUCUCCUAGAGACACUCCAUCACAGCAUCAGAGGGGGCCCCUUCAUGCCAAUAAAAGGAGGGCCCUUGUUAUUGAUGGUAAAACCCUCACGUACAUUCUGGAUCAACGCUCAAACUUGCAGAAACCAUUUUUGCAGCUGACCUGUUACUGCAGUUCUGUCCUUUGCUGUCGAGCCACACCCUUACAGAAGGCGUACAUUGUGAGGGUUGUCAAGGAACAGCUCAAAAUGAGAACACUUGCAAUAGGUGAUGGUGCAAAUGAUGUGUCCAUGAUUCAGACAGCAGAUGUUGGAAUCGGAAUUUCUGGUCAGGAAGGGAUGCAGGCUGUCAUGGCAUCAGAUUUUGCAAUUUCAAGGUUCAAGUAUCUGGAGAAGCUUCUUUUGGUCCAUGGUCACUGGUGUUAUGAUCGGCUGUCGCGUAUGGUGCUGUAUUUCUUCUAUAAGAAUGCUACUUUUGUAUUUCUCAUUUUUUGGUACCAACUGUACUGUGGCUUUUCUGGAUCAGUAAUGAUUGAUCAGAUGUACCUGAUGUUAUACAAUCUGCUAUUCACAUCCCUUCCACCUCUUGUGAUAGGUGUGUAUGACCAAGAUGCACCAGAAGAUUUGCUGUUGGCUCGACCAAAUCUGUACAGACAAGGUCGUUUAGGUUUAGUGUAUAAACCGCACUCCUUCUGGAUCACAAUGGCAGAUUCACUCUACCAGAGCAUUGUUAUAUUCUUCCUAACUGAAGGGGCGUACCAUGACACAGAUAUUGGGAUCUGGGAAUUUGGGACCACAAUAGCUACCUCAUGUUUGUUUGUGAUGCUGUUUCAUGUUGCCAUUGAAACUAGAUCAUGGACAAUAAUCCACAUUCUCUCCAUUUCCAUAUCUAUUGGUGCUUUCUACGCCUUCUCAUUAGUUUACAACUCUAUAUGUGUGCAGUGUUUAAAUUUGCCAAGUAAUUACUGGGUUGUGCAACAUGCAGCGAGUUCAGCAACAUACUGGUCAGUUGUGUUCUUGUCUGUGGUCAUGGCUCUUAUUCCAAGGUUUGUGUGGCGGAGUGUGGAGACAUCUUUUUUCCCCCGAGAUGUGACACGAGCAAUCCUGGAUAAAAGAAGAGCUAUUCGUCGAGGUGAGGACUUCCUUGUCUCAUGGUCGCGCUCUACUUCCACUUCAUCAAUAUUCAGGACCAUCGAUUAUGGAGCGAAGGAUGUGAAUCCAAGCAAUCUUACAGUUGUAGGGUAGUGAGGAAGCAAAUCAAGUUUGUAAUAAAACUUUAUUGGCUGUGAGUUACUAAAGGGACCAAUAGAAAUAUUUGUUGGUAGUGAGUGGAACAUUUUGUUUGCAGUGUAGGUAUGAGUAUUUGCCUCUCUCAGUACUUACAUUUAAUACGAGAAGUUCCUGAGUGUCAGUUUUGUUUGAACAGCUGAAGCGAUUCUGCAUCAACAAAUAUAUAUGCAUAUGUAAAAGAGUGUCUGUAAUUUAAUGUAAAGUGAUUAAGCUCGCCAAUUAAUUUAUUUUUUCUUACCUGUGAUGCAGAGCAAUACGUGGUCACAUGAGAUGAUGUUUGCCAAGUUAGUUUCUUUCACCAUUACAUGUUUCCUGAGUUCUCAGUCUAGUGUUAUCCUAGUGCUAAAUUUGGAAUUGUGUGGAAUAUACAAGUUUGUUGAAUUCAAAAUGUGUCUUCAGAUUGAUACAAAGGCGUUCUUUUAGUGAUAAUAGUUUCAGUAGUGCUUAUAGUGCUGCAGUAUCAAGGAAAUCAUGCCUUGUGUAGAUAAUGAACAGUUAUUGUUAAAUAUUGUGUAAGGAGUUAUCUAAAUAUUGAAAUAAGGCUUAGUUGCCAAGAAUAGUCUUCUGGUGUUAGAUCAGAAUACUUUAUGCCAAAUGAGUGGUAAUCUGUUAUAUUUCACAUUAUUGUCAUCAUGCCACUGUUGUCGGGCGAGUUUGAGUUAAGCAGGAUAAUUUAACCUCAUGUUUUAAGUGAAAUUAUGUGAGCAGCAUUCAGAAAAAUUACUAACUGUGUUUGAAAAAUUUUACUUUUACAUUGUGUGAUCUCUUUUUUGAUCAGUUGUUAAAGGUUUUUGAAUGCUUUAAUUUCUUUUAUCAAUCAUAUUUUUUCAUCAUCUUCCAUCUUAUAUUGAUUUGCAAUAGCUCUGGCCUGAAAUGGGAACAUUUUUUAUCUUCUGUAUUAAUGAGUACUUGACAAUUUACAAAUAUUUUAUUUCUGACUUAAAUAGACAUUAUCAUUCAGUGUACUUAUGAAAUAUCAAUGCUUUGACCACAGUCUUUGAAUCUAAGAUUUUGGGAGCUUUAGUAUUGAGUUUUAAUUGGAUGGUCUUUUAUUAGUUUUGAAAAAAUUACUAGGGGCCAGUUAUAAUCUGGUAAAAACUAAAUUAAACUGGAAAAGUUUCUAUAAGCUCCAUAUUUGUUCUGUAAAACUGGUUUCUGGAAUGUGUUUUGUUUUCCUGUGUCUUUCUUUAUUUGCAAGCAUGCUGUGUCUUAGAGGAAUGUUCAGUGAAUUGUGAUGUUUAAAUUUGUUAUGGAGACUAUGAAUGCUGGAUUACAUGUUUUACAGACAAUAUUGAAUGUUCUUUGUCAUUUAUGAUUAUAUCAGGGAAUUUAAUUUUUAUGCCUUUCUGGGAUAUGUUAUAAAAUAAUGUUAGGGCCCUUUAUAAUAUAAAUAGGAUUAUAAUUAUGAAGCUGAGUGGGUUUGUAGCCUUAAAUAUCAUGUCAUUCCCAAAUCCCAUGCAUUCUCCUGUAACACAAAUCAGAUCUGGCAUCAGAAGCUCCAAUGCAACAUUUUGUUUGAUAUAUCUUUUUCUUCUUCUUCUUCUAUGGCAGUUAUAAAUUUCCAGUGUGAUGCAAGGUUUAACAUUUGUUGUAGUUUAUAGUUAAAUCACAGUCGAUAAAGAGCUCUCUAAAUAUGAAAGCGGAAGAAACCAGUGUAAAUAACAUGAAAGGAAACAUUGCAUAAACGUGUUUAAAAAAGAAUUUCACAUAUUUGCCUCCUAGGCUCCAUGCCUUGCUGCAGGGGCAGUUUGAUGAUGUAUUUUCACCCGGAUCUGAAUGUGUUGGUGGCACUCUGCAUGGACUGGGAACCGCAUGUACAUAACUGAAGGGCUAAGGAUAUCAGAAAGUCCAACAGAUACGAAUUUUGGUGAAGUAGCUGUUUACCCUUUAGUAAUUUUGUACAAGUUAGGCUUCAUAUUAGGACAUGUGUCUGAAUGUAAGUGCAGCCUACAGCAGCAUUGUUGUUUGACGGUUGUGAAACUUCAAACAAGAUUUUGAGAGCUUAUGUCUCUCUGCACUUCUUUGAUGUUACUGAUGAUAAUGAUGUAUAUCCAAGAAGUUGCAGGUGCAGUUUCUGUGGAAUUCUGUGUUACAGUAAUUAUAAGAAGAAAAGACAAAUAAGAUGAUGGGUGGAAUUGUAUUUUACUCAGUGACAUUUUACUUAUUUGCAUUCGACAGUUCUAGAAACUUUUCCCCAAAUGUCACGUCAUGCAUUCCUUGAAGUUUUGCAUAAAUAUGCCUUGCUUUUAAAACAUAAGCUUUCUCACAUGACCAGUAAUAACUCAUUUCAGUAAAUUCUUUGAAGAAACUACAAGAAUUUAAUUGAUAAUAAGCAUUAGUUUCUGGCAUUGCAGUUGAUAAAUGGCUGGAAAUAUUAGUAAACACAUCUACUUUUAUACACUUUUGUGCAGUUUCCUGUCUGUGAUGGAAAAUUCUGCUGAGCGAAGCAGUUUUGAUCAGAUUCUUUGGCAAUGUUACCCAAACCUUUCGUCAGUGGUCCCCAACCUUUUUGUGCCUCCGGGCACAUUUGAGAGAUAGUGGCGGACACCAACCAAUUAACAAAGCCAAAUUUUCUUUUCUCUGGAGAAAUAAGAUAUGGACACCAAAUAA